AUGCAGUCCCUCGGGGUAGUCUUUGGUAUUUUCAAAGAUUCCUACAAAAUCAUCAACUCUGGGAAUGUGAGCCUUUACAAAAUCAUCUGUUUCCUCAUCCUUCCUACCUAUUUCAUCUCCCUGAUAAACAAACUAGCUUCCGAUGCAUUGUUACCUGAAACCGGCCUCAAUAAUCAAACUAAUACUACUACCACCUUCAACCAAACCCAGGAAAGCGGCCUCGCUACUUUCGGGCCCUACAUUCCUUAUUCCCAUCUGUUUUCCUCCGAAUUCGCACCAUUUUGGCGCUUACAACUUGAAUGCUUUAUCCCCACCCUCUUCUUCAAACUCCUCUACACCUCUGCAGGUAUUUACACCGCAGCAUAUAUCCACACCGGCCAAGAUGAUGUGAUUUUCCCCAAGGUCAUGGCCGUUGUCUGCUCAAAGGUUUGGAAGAGGCUCUUCUUCACCUUCUUCUCUACUUUCAUCGCCUUCAUCGCCUUCACAGCAGUGGCGACGCUAGUACUCGCAACCGCGUGCACAACAUUUUUAACCGUGAUAAGCUCAAGAGCUAGUGUUAUAACUAUUUCCAUUGUGGUUUUCUUUGUCAUGCUCACCUACUUGACAGGGUUGGUGUACCUGAUGCUAAUUUCGCAAUUGGCUAACGUGGUGUCUGUGUUAGAAGAAUCUGGAGGGUUUACGGCCAUGAAAAAGAGCAAUCAGCUUCUCAAGGGAAACAUGUGGGUGGUGGCUAUCAUCAUGUUUUUCUUUCUGGCUAUUGUCCAUUGUGUCGUUCAAUAUGCAUAUGGGAAGCUGGUUAUGUAUGCAUGGUCUUUGGGAACGAUGUCUGUGAUAAUAUCCUCAUUGUUGCCUAUUAUGUUCACAUUGAUUGAAUUAGUCAGCCAAACAGUUCUCUACUUUGUUUGCAAGUCUUACCACCAAGAGAAAGUUGAACUUGACCAAGUUAAUAAUGUUUGA